GCCUUUAACCACUCGGAUUCUUUCUCCGACCUUUUUCCGGCAGCCAGCCGCGUAAGGAAGUCGAUCUCCAUCCUGAUAGGAGGCUAGGGACUUUUCCGUAAACCACUUGCGCGUUUUGUUUGUAGAGACCAGAGAUGGUUCAUGCCCUGUUUCUCACUUUUUUCCAUCACUUUGCCUAUUAGUUAUUAACAUAAUUCAUUGUUUCUCUCUUUCUUCCACGGCGUUUCCUAUUAAAUGUGCACAUGAAAUUAAAAAAUGAGGCGCGCGGAAGCAUCCCACUGGUUCACGCCAACGAGUUCAUCUCUCUAUAAAAGCGUUGCAGUUUCAGGCUUCAGGCAACUACAGGAAAGGGGGCUAACAGGCAACUACAGGAAAGGGGGCUAAGGCAAGGGAAAAGGCUUUUAGCUGAGAGCAGAGAGAUCGGGCUAAGGCAGGGCCAUACAAAGAGGAGUAGGCAGUUUGCAGAAAUGGCGUCCAUGGAGGAGAAGAAGAAGCACCACUUCGUGUUGGUCCACGGGUCCACCAUGGGAGGGUGGUGCUGGUUCAAGGUGGCGUCCCUGCUGAGAGAGGAUGGCCACAAGGUGAGCGCCCUGGAUUUGGGAGCGUCCGGCCUCGACCCCGCCACCGCCGACCAGGUCGCCACCUUUGCCGACUACACCCACCCCCUCAUACGCCUACUUCACUCCAUUCCCGCCGACGAAAGGGUGGUGCUGGUCGGCCACAGCUUCGGCGGCCUCAGCAUCUCCCUUGCUGCAGAGAUGUUCCCGGGCAAGGUGUCCGCUGCUGUCUUCGUUGCCGCCUUCAUGCCCCAGCUCUCCAAAUCGCCUACGGAUGUUCUAUACCAAUAUUUCUUUGCUCAAAAGGAUCGAAUUGAGUCGUGGGAGGAUUCUGUUUUCACGUUCAAGGAAGAUGCGUCUCAGAUGUUCCCAGUAACAAUUGAAUUUGGCGCAAGACUGAUUCUGACCAUUGUCUUCAAUAGGUGCUCCUAUGAGGACUAUACUUUGGCAACAAUGCUGAAGAGACCAGCACCAUUUUACCGAGAAGAUUUAUCCAGCCAGAAUUUUGUUUCGGAGGAGAAUUACGGACGCACAAAGAAAGCUUACAUAGUGUGCAAGAAUGACCAACUAAUUAAGGAAAGUUUCCAACGCUGGAUGAUAGAGAUGAGCCCAGUGGAUGAGGUAGUGGAGAUUGAGGAUGCUGAUCACAUGGCCAUGUUGUCAAGGCCUCUUGACCUUUGCCAUCACCUCCUCCACAUUGCUGAAACACAUUGCUCCAGAAAAUGAAACACACGAUGAAAAGGAAGCUUCUGCUACUUUCAACAUAGUUGCUGAUCAUAUAAGGUCUCGUUUCGAAUUUGCUUCAUGUAAUGACUUGUUUCUCUUUAGUUCCUUCUUGGGAGAUAACAUAUGUAUGAAUAAAUGGAUCUUGCUUCAGAGUUUCAAUAGAAAUAAAAUAUACUUUUCCACCAAAA